UCCGGUUAAAACUUGUGGAGAAAAUUUGUUUUCAGUUUCUCUGAAAUUUUUGGCUACCUCGGUGCCGCUAAUAUACGCCUAAAAAGAGCCUUUGCAUAAACAAUUCACCUGUGGAAAUGGAUCCUUCUUCUUCUCUGAAGGGUUUUGUUCCGUUCCUCAGAAAACACAGCAAGUGGCCUCUUUCUCCAUUCAAAGCUAAAUGGCAACAAACAUUCAAUCAACAGCUCGCCAUGGAAAACCUUAAAAAAUCUCUUAUACCACCAUCACCACCCUCCUCACAAAAACAGCAAGAUUUAAACAAAUCCCAUGUUCUCUGCUCUCUAAUGCGCUCUUUCACUAUGUACAAUUGUCACCCAACACCUAACGCCUACCGCUUUGUCAUCAAAACCCUGAUUAAAACCUCUCAGUUUCACCACAUUCCCCACAUCCUCCACCAUCUCGAACGCGUUGAGAAAUUUGAGUGCCCAGAAUGUAUUUUCACUGAUCUCAUUAGGGUUUAUGGCAAUGCCGGUAAUGUCCAAGAUGCUGUUGAUGUUUUUUAUAAGAUACCCACGUUCAGGUGUGUCCCUUCUGUGUACUCCCUCAAUGUUCUGCUCUCAGUUCUUUGUAGAAACCAAGAACGUCUUGGAAUGGUGCCUGAAAUUUUGUUGAAGAGUCGGGUUAUGAAU